AUGUCCGUCGCCAAAGUUCAAAAGAUCAUUGACGACAAUGGAGUCGUCGUCUUCUCCAAGUCCUACUGCCCGCACUGCAGUUCGGCGAAGAGCACACUUCGCAGCUUAGAUGCCGAGUUCGAAUGCCUCGAACUGGAUAAGAUGAAGGACGGUGGCGAGAUCCAAGAUGCGUUGCAGGAGCUCACUAAGCAGCGCACUGUUCCUAACAUCUUCAUCAAGGGCAAGCAUAUUGGCGGCAACUCUGAUUUGCAGAAGUUGAAUACUGCUCAAUUGAAGGCGGUGUUGAAGGAGGCCGGUGCUAUUUAG